UGCGCAAAAGAUCGCGUACUGCCGAUACCCAACCAAACAACAAAAUAAUCGUGUGCCUGAAAUAGUUUCGGCAAUUAUGAUAACAAAUUCGAUUUUUGAUUAAACACAGUGUCGAUAUAAUGAUUAAUAAAACGACCGAGUUGGUUAUAGACAAAAUCUGUCGUUCUUGCAUGUGCCAAAAUGAGAAUAUGCGAAAUGUAUUCGAUUCAAAAGAACUCGGCGGCCAAACUUUGCAACUCGCUGAAAUGUUAAUGGAUUGUGCCGCCGUCGUCGUCGCCUCAGGAGAUGGUCUUCCGAACCUGUUGUGUGUGAACUGUGAGAACAAACUCAACCUAGCAUACGAGUUCAAACAGCAAUGCCAAAAAUCAGACUCCACGCUGCGGGAGUUGACCAAUCAGAGCGACUCUGUGAUCAAGGAGGAGUCCUGCGACAUCGUAGUCCAGCCAGACUUUAACAUUCCGGAACUGUACAAUGACUCUGACAGUGAUGAAGACGAUGAUAAGCGGAAGUCGUCUUUCACUUGCCCGUUCUGUCAGAAGGUGCUGAGGACCAAGAAGGGGCUGCGGAUCCACCAGAGGCGCCACACUGGGGACAAGCUGCGCUCGUGUCACAUGUGCAAUGCUCAGUUCACGAGGACUCACCACUUGAUUAGGCAUAUGAAGACGCACGUGAAGAGUGACGCAGGACAUGUGUGUGCCGAAUGUGGGAGGUCUUUCAUGAAGUUGAGCCACUUGCUGUCGCAUAAAAAGACUCAUAAAUCGGACGAGAAGAGCGACGAGGGGGAGAAUGGACAGCAGAGUGCGUCGGCGGAGAUUCAGAGUGACGGCGACAACGAGGAGGUCACUUUGGAGAUUCACGAUGAGGAUGAUGAGGACGAGGACGAGGAGGAGGACGAUGUGUUGGAGGAGUACUUUAAGCCGAAAGCGAGACCCACGAAGAAGGAUAAGGGAACGUAUGAAUGUAAAUACUGUUAUAAAAUUAUGACGACGUUUGUGGGGUUGAAGAUUCACAUGAGGCGGCACACGGGGUCGGAUCUUGCUAAGUGCAAACUUUGCGAGAAAAGCUUCACGAAAACGAGCCACCUGAAGCGCCACCUCCAAACCCACGGCAUCAAAGAACUAGAGAAACCAAAGCCGGUCGAAAAGAAAGUGAUGGAAUGCGAAUUCUGCGACCGUAAAUUUAAGUAUAAGAAAAGCUUUAAUCAUCACAUGCAAACCGAGCACGGUAUGUCCGACGAGAGCGACGUACCCCUCAGCACGUACAUCUCGAAAAUCAACAGCAGCAAAGAGGAAGAAAACGCCAAAGACGACGAACCGCAGGAGGAGAAACCGGACAAAGAAAAAGAAGAGAAACCGCAGGAGCCGGAAUCGUCGGUUUCGGACGCGGAAACGAAGGAGGACAUUCCGCCCGUCAAGUCCACACAUCACAAAGUACACGUAUGCCACGUGUGCGAAGCCGCCUUCGCAAGGGCCAACCACCUCACACGUCACAUGACCCUUCAUAGGGCGCUCUUGAUACACAAGUGCGAUCGGUGCGAUAAAGCGUAUGCGACUUUGGAGCAUUUGGCGAAGCACGUGGAGGAAGACCAUAUUAACAAGCCCUACGCUUGCACGAUCUGCAAUAAGCCCUUCAGUAGAGGGGAGCAUUUAAUAAGGCACUUGAAGGUCCACCAGACCGGGAACGAGAAGGAGGAUAAUUUGACGUGUUCGAUAUGCGAGAAGACGUUCAGCAGGUCCGACCAUCUGGCGCGACAUAUUAAAAUACAUUUACUGCAGGAUAAAAGACACGUUUGUCCUGAGUGUGGUAAGGCGUUUAAUAGACUGGAUAAUCUUAAGACUCACCAGAGGAUUCACACUGGGAUUAAGGAUACGACGAAGUUACAUUUGUGUAUUUAUUGUGGCAAGGAGUUUAAUAAUUCGAGCAAUAUGAUUGUUCAUAUGAGGCGUCAUACCGGCGAGCGUCCGUAUAAGUGUAGCCAGUGCGGGAAAGGUUUUCCGAGAUCGCACGACCUUAAAUGUCACGAGAGGACGCACUCAGGGGAAAAACCAUAUCAUUGCGCGUUGUGCGGAAAGUCGUUCAAUAAAAGCAAUAAGUUGUUACGCCACACCCGCGUCCACACCGGCGAGCGGCCAUACGUCUGCAACAUCUGCGCCCGCGCCUUCACCCAAUCCAACGACCUGGCUCUGCACAUGCGCCGCCACACGGGGGCGCGGCCCUACGCUUGCGGCAUGUGCCCCGCCCGCUUCAUCCAAUCGGGCCAGCUCAAGGCCCACCGCCGCACCACCGGCCACUGGGUGGAGACGCAGCCCGACCUCAAGGGCGGACACCGAGUGGAGCCCGUCACGCCCGUCGUCGAGCCCACGCCCAUCCGCUUCAAGACCCACGGCAAGCCCAAGAAGGAGGACGACCUGGAGGAGACCAAGAACGUCAAGAUCCUCGCCCACUCGAUGGGCUUGAUGGGGCCGCUGAGUGUCUCCGGCGAGAACCUGGUGCUCGAUCCGAAGAUCGUCGAGCUGCAGAACUCGGGACUGAUCAACUUGGUGGGAGGUGGGGGGGAGAUCAAGUUCAAGACGGACAGUGGGGGGCAGUUCGUGGUGUCGCCGGUCAAAAGCGAGAUGGGCGUGGCCAAGGGGCACGAGAUGGGUGGGGCGAAGGGGCACGAGGUGGGGGCGCAGGCGGCGUUCCAGCAGGGGGUUUCUUCGGUGACGUAUUCGAUAGUGGCGCCGGUGGCCAGUUCGACGACGUUCACGGCGACGGAUUAUAGUAAUUAUCAGAAUUUCGGGUGAGCGGACUGGUUUAAGUUAUAGAAUGAGUAAUAAUUUAAGUGAUAACUUAGUUGUGUAUUUUAUAAAUUGACGAUUUGUCAAUGGAAGAUGAAGUAUGUUGUCAGUAUGUAUGUAGUUAAGAACUACGGGAGUACUGCCAGGUUUACGUUUAGAUUGUUUUUAAUAGUCUGAUGUAUGUAUAUUUUUGUCAGUUCAUGUUAAGAUUAAGAAUCCAUGAAUACACAUAAUAUAUUGAAGAUUUGAAAGUAGAGUAGCUUGAUUUUAUUAGAGUGUAAAUAUGUGCGCAGCUUGUCGUAAGUCUGGAAAUAAGUUAUAAGCUUCAGUACGCUGGAGAUUAUGACUGCUAGAGUGUAAUUAUGUAAAUCAUAAGCUAUUUUUGAAUAAAAAUUGUAAUAA